AUGAUAGGGAAUAAGGAAGAAGCUUAUGAAUGUUUUAAUUUAGCCUUAAAAUAUAUGAAAGUUGGGAACUAUAGUCAUGCAAAAAAUUUAUUACUAAAAUGCAAAAGAAUGUUCCCUGAUAUUGAUAUAAGUGAAAAAUUAAAAAUAUGUGAAGAGGAAUUGAACAAAACAGAACAUAUAGGAAAAGAAAAUGAAGUACAUAAUAAUAAUAAUAAUUCAACUUUUAGAAAUAAUCAAGGUAAUUUACAUGAACGUCAUAAAACAAAAGAUGAAUGUUUAGAAAAAAUUUUGAGAACAAAUAAUUACUACGAAAUUCUGGGUAUACCAAAAAAUAGUAAUGAUGAAACUAUUAAGAGCGCUUACAAAAAAUUAGCUAAGUUAUAUCACCCAGAUAAAAAUAAAGAAAAAGGAGCAGAAGAAGCUUUUAAGAAAGUUUCUAAAGCUUUCCAACAUUUAAUAAAUAAAGAAAAAAGAUAUGAAUAUGAUAAUAAUUCUGAGACAGAUCACCAUCAUCAAACUUUUAGAACAACUCAUUAUUAUUAUAAUGACGAAACGUUUACUCCUGAAGAUCUUUUCCGUAGUUUUUUUGGAAUAAAUUUUGCUACAUGUAAUAAUAGACAAUUUAGAGCUAAUGUCAAUACUAAUAGAACUUAUGCAAACACUAACAACAAUUCUAAUAAUAAUAGUCAACGAAAUUAUUCCUUCGUUCAAGUUUCCAUAUUUUUAAUAAUGUUUAUUAUUUUCUUUUUAUCAAGUCAUUUUGAGCAGCCUAAGGCUGUAUAUUCCCUUCAAAAAACAGGUUACUUUGAUACGUUAAAUUACACAUCUCUAAACAAUAUUCGAUUUUUUACAAAAAGAUCAUUUAAUUAUAAUUAUCCUAGAAAUAGCCAUGCGCGCUUUCAAAUUGAAUACGAAGUAGAAUACAAAUAUUAUGAGCAUGAAUGUCAUAUUUUAACCAAGAAAAUAAAAAAUGAUUACUACAAGCAAAAGAAUCAAUAUCAACAAAAAUUAAAUUAUCAAGAUAUUCCAGAGAGUUGCAUGAAACUGAAGACAUUAGAGGAGCAGUAUAAUAACUUCAUAUUAAAGAUGAAGAAGCGAUAG